GAGAGGACUGAGCAGGUCUCUCGUUAUUUGCAAGUUGCAACGAAUCGAGAGGUCAAUAAAAUCUGCUAUCAGCCGGAGGAGAGUCGCCCCCAGGGCCAGGGACCCCGUUUCCGUCUACCGCCCACCGGUUUCCGGCCAGACAGUGAGCGGAGCUGAAUUUUUUUCACGGUUGCAGCAUCAAGAGAACGUAUAAUUUGAACCAACAGGGUCAAUUAGGAUCUAGGAGUUUCCCGUCUCCGUAAUUUCUUCCUCCUCGCAUUUCGCUCCUCCGGCGACAAUGGACAACGAAGUGGAUCCGUUUCCAGGUCACAAGCGCUGCGGUUACCUCUGCGCUGUCCUCGUCGCUCCCUCGCCGGCGGAUCCCCUUGCGUUUCUCUCUCCCUGCCGCCUUUUCGCCGACGGCAAUCGCGUCGGUUUCGUGACUGAGCAGCACAACGUUUUUCUGUCAACGGUCUCAGAUUCCAGAAUUGAGCCGCAAGUAACUACUUCAGGUGCAGGGGCGGUUGAGGAGACAGAAAUUGGAUCCAAAGGCGGGGUUACGAGGCGGAAUGAGAGUUCGGGAAGGAGGAAGGGCGGCGGCAAAAGUAGCCGCAAUGUGUCAGGGAAGAAGAGGAAGGUAGUUAGAGGGAUCGGAAUGGUGAAUGGAAGCUUGAGCGUUGUGCAUCAAAUUCAUGCUCUUGUGACUCACAAGUGUAUAAAGACUCAGGCGCGGGUAUUGCAGUCCGAAGUGCGGGAGAUUGGCGGCGAGGAGAGGUUGGUGGUGCUGGUGGACGUGUAUCUGCCGUCUGAGGUGUGGUCCGGGUGGCAGUUCCCCAAGUCUGGGCCGAUAGCCGGUGCUCUCUUCCGGCACUUGAGCUCUGAUUGGACGAAGAGAAGUUGGAUGCUUGCCAAUCGAGGAGCAUUAUCUGAAGAUAAUGGUAUUUGGAAUGUCUCUCCUUGUCAUGUUCUUGACUGCAAAGUACACUGCGACAUCUCUGAUUCUCUUAAGAAGAAGAAGUUUAAACUGCAUGAAAUCUUUGCUAGUUUGCCUAGUUUGGGAGGCAGGGAAAACUAUGGUUCUUUGAGUCUGAAACCAGCAGCUGAUUGUCAUGAUUCUGGUAUUUGGGAUGUUGCUGAAGAUGUAUUGAUAAACAUUUUAUCACUUCUUGGUCCAUUGGAUCUUGUCAGAGUCGCUGCUACUUGUCAUCGAUUGAGAUCAUUGGUCGUAUCUAUCAUGCCGUGCAUGAAACUUAAAUUAUUUCCUCACCAGCGUGCUGCUGUUGAGUGGAUGUUGGAGAGGGAGCUGAAUGGCAGAGUAUCCCCACAUCCUUUUUUCAUGAAAUUUUCAACUGAAGACGGGUUUACAUUUUGUGUAAACACUGUCUCUGGUGAAUUAGUGUUAGGGGAGGCUCCCACUGUAAGGGACUUCCGUGGGGGUAUGUUCUGCGAUGAACCUGGCUUGGGAAAGACCAUAACUGCUCUUUCACUUAUUCUUAAGACACAAGGAAAAAUGGCAGACCCGCCAAAUGGAGUGCAAAUCACGUGGUGUACACAUAAUGAUGAUCAGAGUUGUGGCUACUAUGAGCUUACUGGUAACAACCUUGCUUCUAUGAGUACACCAUCUGGGAAAAGUCUUGCGAGCCAGAGUGCUCGCAGGGGUCAAUUAUCUUUGGAUGAGGUCACUCCUAUUAGUGAUGUGUCUUAUCCCCCCAAUAAAAGAAGAAGAUUAUUUGAUACUGUUGAAACACUAUCAACAAUAUCUCCCAUGUCCGGAAUCAUUGGGCAGCCUUCUAGAUGCACCAGAAGCAUGAGUUCCGCAAAGAAAAAUCUGUUAUUUGCUUAUGGGGAAGGAUCCGGUGUUUCUUCCACAACGAAGGCAGAUAAAUCGAAGAAGAGGAAGCAUGCAAGUAACUCGCUUGUGAGCGGUGUAAAGAGUGCUGCAGCAAAUUGCCCUAUGUCUAAUGAGACUUGGGUUCAAUGUGAUUCAUGUGGAAAGUGGAGGAAGCUUCCAGCUUCCAUUAAUACUCUGGGUGCUGCAUGGUUCUGUAGUAUGAAUACUGACCCCACACAUCAAAGUUGUAAAGAUCGUGAGGAGUUAUGGGACAAAUCUGCAUCUGUGACAGAAAUGCUUGGGUUUCACAAGAGAGCAACUUCUGGGGCAAAAGAUCAAAACAUUUCAUUUUUCAUUAGCGUUGUCAGGGAGCACUGUUCAGCAAUGAGCUCAAAAACGAAGAAAGCAUUGAUGUGGCUGGCUAAACUUCCUAUGGAUAGACUCUCUUUAAUGGAAACUGUUGGAUUGGCGAGCCCAGUUCUAGGAUCUGGUGCUGGAGAUGCUAUUGCUUUCCAUAAAAUCUUUCAAGCAUUUGGUCUUGUAAAGAGGAUAGUGAAGAAUGUUACUAGGUGGUAUUACCCUCCUAAUCUUGACAGCUUGAUAUUCGAUUUGGGUGCUCUCAGACUUGCUCUCUGUGAACCACUCGAUUCCGUGAGGUUAUACCUGUCGAAAGCAACUCUUAUCGUUGUUCCAGCAAACCUUGUAGAUCAUUGGAGAAAUCAAAUCCAGAAACAUGUCAAACCUGGGCAGCUGCGGGUCUGCAUUUGGACAGAUCAUAAAAGGCCUCCUGCCCACAUUUUGGCUUGGGAUUAUGAUGUUGUUAUUACAACAUUUAGCCGUUUAAGUGCUGAGUGGGGCCCAAAUAAACAAAGCCCUCUGAUGCAGGUACAUUGGCUCAGGGUUAUAUUAGAUGAAGGACACACUCUCGGAUCUAGCCUGAAUCUAACAAACAAACUGCAGAUGGCAAUUUCCGUAAUGGCUUCCACUCGUUGGUUGUUAACAGGAACGCCAACAUCUAACAUGCCUAAUAGUCAGCUCUCGCAUCUCCAGCCAAUGCUUAAGUUCCUACAUGAGGAAGUCUAUGGGCAAAAUCAGAAGUCAUGGGAAGCUGGUAUCCUUAGACCAUUUGAGGCAGAGCAGGAAGAAGGUCGCCUUCGUUUGUUAGAAUUGCUACGCAGAUGCUUGAUCAGUGCUAGGAAGAAAGACUUAAAGAAUAUUCCCCCUUGCAUGAAGCAAGUAAUCUUCCUCGACUUCAAUGAGGAACACGCUAGAAGUUAUAAUGAAUUGGUGGUUACUGUCCGACGGAACAUCUUGAUGGCUGACUGGAAUGAUCCAUCACAUGUUGAGAGUUUACUCAAUCCAAAGCAAUGGAAGUUUCGAACUGCAACUGUUAGAAAUGUCAGGCUGUCUUGUUGUGUUGCUGGACAUAUUAAAGUGAGUGAUGUUGGUGAGGAUAUUCAGGAAACAAUGGAUCUCUUAGUUGGAAGAGGUCUUGAUCCCAUUUCCGAGGAGUAUGCCUUGAUAAAGUAUUACCUUCAGUAUGGCGGCCAUUGUCUCAGAUGCAAAGAAUGGUGUCGUCUACCUGUCAUCACACCAUGUAGGCAUCUUCUGUGCCUUGGAUGUGUCGCUUUAGAUAGUGAAAGGUGUACUUCUCCAAGAUGUACUUAUUUAUAUGAGAUGCAAACUCCUGAGGUAUUAACCCGUCCAGAAAAUCCAAAUCCCAAAUGGCCGGUCCCUAAAGAUCUAAUUGAGUUGCAGCCGUCAUAUAAACAGGAUGACUGGGAUCCAGAUUGGCAAUCAACAUCAAGUAGUAAAGUAGCUUACUUAGUGCAGAGGCUGAAAGCUUUGCAACAGGCUAAUACGGACAGCAGGCUCUGUAUUCACAAUACUAGCGAUGAGUCUGAGAUGAGUAGUUCAACUGGAGUAGUGCAACAGGAAGAUGGCCAACAGAAUUCUACAGCUUAUAAGAUUAUCCAAGACAAAGUGAUUAUAUUUUCUCAAUUUCUAGAACAUAUACACGUCAUUGAACAGCAGCUGACAUUGGCUGGCAUCAAGUUCACUGGACUCUACAGCCCAAUGCAUUCUCACAACAAGGUGAAAUCACUGGCCACAUUCCAGAACGACGCGGACUGUAUGGCUCUUUUAAUGGAUGGAAGUGCUGCAUUAGGCCUCGACUUAAGCUUUGUCUCGCAUGUGUUUCUAAUGGAACCAAUCUGGGACAGGAGCAUGGAGCAACAGGUGAUCAGUCGGGCUCAUCGAAUGGGCGCCACUCGCCCGAUUCAUGUCGAAACUCUAGCAAUGCGUGGAACAAUCGAAGAGCAAAUGGUGGAGUUCCUUGAGGGCACUAAUAACUCGGAGGACAUAGAAGAAGAAAUUGAUAGGCCAAACCAGGAAGGCAGCCGACCUCAUCGUUCGCUCCAUGACUUUGCAGAGUGCAACUAUUUGGCAAGGCUGACAUUCGUCCGCACGGCGUCUGCCUGCUAAAUCUUGAAAGAAGCAAGCAGCCUUUGAUAUUCCUCACUGUAACAUAGAGACUAUAGAUGUAGUGAUUGCAGGUUUUGGGGAGUGAGAACCCAACGCUACCUAUUCCCUAUUCUGUUUGUUGUAAGAUCACAAAAAGGAAAUGGUGAGAGUAACGCAGCAUUCGGUGGCCGGAGCCCUCAAACUCUCCAAAGAAUAAAUCAAGACCAGACAGAAGAGGGUUGCAAUUAGUUUUUACAGGAGCAGGCAGAGCCUUCUUUCCCCGUGAUGAGGCAAAAUAUGAAGAAAUGACAGUUAGAAAGAGUGAGACUUUACUUGGCACUGUUGAUACUCUAGCCCUUCGAGCUGCCUACUAGCAUAUUUCUAGCUAUGGUGGUCAACUGCAUGAUCAUUGAUUUGGUGACCAUAGUUAGGAAGGCAAUUAGAUGCAUGAUCGUUGACCCAACCGCCUUUUGAAGUACUAUAAUUGAACCGA